AUGGCAGACCAACCACAGUACACCUACAACAGCUUCAAGCGAUCACCCAGCAUCUCGAGCGACGACAUGCUGUCGGAAGCAACAUCUUCGGCUCUGGGAUUGACAGGCAUCCGGUAUCCGGCCAACGACGAGGAUCGCUGCGUGGAGGGAAGGACAGUCGAUGAGGUGGUCACUCUGAUCCUGGACGGGUCAGAAGACCUCUACCCCCGUGCCAGGAUGCACCUUGAGUCACAAGAACCCUGGGUUCUGACGACUCUCUACUCCUCUCUCCACGCUUACGACCUGGAGCUGCACGCGACCAUACUCGAGUUCCUGCUAGAGGAGAGCGACGCGACCAAGUCGGCUAGCGUGCAGGAAGAUCUCAGAGCGGUCGCGCUCACGAAAGCAUUCUACUGGAUCGAGUACCACUAUCUGUCGCCAAGCAAGGCUGAGACUGCAUGGAAUCGAUAUCAGCGCACAGCCAGCCAACGGGCCGCACGGCGGCGACGACUAAGGACGGACACGACUAAGCUGCCGACGCAUAGCACCGAGACGGUGACGGAGUGGACAUGCUCUUACCAGCUCUUCGAUUGA